CAGUGUUCUCUCACUCGCUCGGAGGAUGGAUGGAGAGAGAAAGCGCGCGCGCACACCCGCGUGUGUACAAAUCCGCUGCUGCAGCAUCAGCGCUCAGCACCAGUAAAGACGUGUGGAGAGACAUGUACGCGCGCUCGCUUCCCUUCCCUCGUACAGGGAGCCGUGAUGUGAUGUGAUGUGAUGUGAACUUGAGGCUGGUGAGCGGUCAUGGAGAACAGCACGGCGGUUCGGUGCGACACCGGAGCCGCGCAGCGCAUCUCCAUCGUCGCUCUGUUUUCCUUCAUGUGCGCUCUCGGCACCAUCCUCAACCUGUUGGUCAUCGGUCUGGUGUUGAGCUUCAAGAAGCUGCGCACUGCGAGCAACGCCUUCAUCGUGAACGGCUGCGCGGCCGACCUGCUCGUGUGCGCGGUCUGGAUGCCGCACGAGGCGGCCGUGGCGGCGUCAGUACAAUCCCCGCUCUACGGGGCCGCCCCCAGGGACGCGCUGCUCUUCAUCGGCGCCACCGUGUCGCUCCUGUCGCACUCGCUGAUCGCCGUGAACCGCUACGUGCUGAUCACCAAGCCGCCGGCCGCUUACCACGCGCUCUACCAGCGGAGGCGCGCGCAGGCGAUGAUAGCCGGCUCGUGGCUCGUCGCGCUCGCGUGUCUGCUGCCGCUGUGGCUCGCGGUGAGUCGGCGCCCGGUGCUCGCGUGCGGACUGAUGCUGCUGAAGCUGCUCUCCGAGCCCUGGGCCGCCGCCACGCUCGCGCUCACCAUUCUCGGCCAGACCGCAGUCGUGACGUACUGCUACUUCAAGAUCUUCCGGCGCGUGCAGAUCAGCACCAAACGCGUCAGCGUGCUGCACUUUCAACUCGUCAACAGCCUGCCGUACUCGUUCCCGAGAAAGGACAAACGCCUCGGUGUGCACGUGCUGGCCGUGUGCCUGGUGUUCGUCCUGACCACCGAGCCGGUGCUGUGGACCCUGACCGCGGGCCUGUUCGCUCCCGUACCGGCGGCGGUCCGCACCUGCGCGUGGCUCGUCUUCUGCUCCGUCUUCGUGUCCGACCCGUUUCUGUACACGUGGAAGAACGAGGAGUUCCGAAAGGCGUUCAGGUCCGUCCUGAGGGGGGACUUCUGGCGAGGCUCCACCGUGGCCGCUGAGCCCGUUACCGUCAGCACCGUUUCUCACGUGUUCCCCAGACAGAACAGCCGCAGGGCGUUUUUAGCCGAGAUGAGCUAAAAUGUGUUUUAACUAAUGCUGCCUUUCUCUUACAGUGCAUGCUGGGCCGGAUUCAGCUUUAAAUAACCUGAGUCCAUGCGUUUUUACACAACGAACUCUCAUUUUAAACUGGACCUUUCCUCAUCACUUCUCAUGUACACCUGUGUACAUCUAUUCUAGUGAAGGAUGCAUCAACAAAAUGACCUACGGUGCACAAAUUGACCACUUUUAGAGCUUAGCUCUAAAAUCUAUUAGAUCUUGACGUGUAAUAGAUUUUGAAACUACAAACGGUGUGACUUGACGGUGACAAGGAAAGGUACACUUUACACUUAGAAAAGUAAAGUGCAUUUUAAAUGAAACUAAUUAACAUUCCCUGCAUUCACACUGCAAAUCCCUGCUCCAGUUCUCAAUUGGUCUAACUUACUGGACAUAUCCAGGUAACAAUCUGAUACAAUUCUAUACUAUUCUAAUGAUUGCAAUUAAUUUAUUAAUUAGGCCACCUCACUUUUUGAUUAGGCCACCAACAUAUAACUUAUGUUUGCAAAUGAACGAGUAAGAAAACAGACUCUACUACACAUGAUGCUUUACUCGUCCUUGUGCUGCAAGUGGCUAUGUGUGUAACACACAAGCUGCAUAAUUUCUAACUUUUUCUAUUCUCACAAACCUGAUAUAGUUCCUUGGCUCAUUCCCGAGACCUCUGGAGUGGAAUUGAAACUCGCUGAUAGAGAAUGAGUUGUGAAAGAGGUGAGGUGAUGAUUAUUGAGGUGAGGGCAUGGUAAUAAUGAUACUGAAACAGCUAUGAAGGGACAGUGUGUGCAGAGUUUAUCCUUCUACCUCAUUACACAGAAACAAAGUUAUUAUCAUUAUCAUCAUCAUCAUCAUCAUCAUCAUUAUUAUUAUUAUUAUUAUUAUUGUUAUUAUUGUUUAUUUCAGUUGUAAAAUGGGACAUUUCCAAAGUAGUAAAAAGCAACACUGAUUUACACAGAAACACUGAUAUUUAAAAAAUGUUAAUGAAUAACAUUUGAAUUUGAUUUGAAUUUGAAUUUGAAUAUCCUGCUGAUGCCGAUCUUUGAAGACUAAGCCUAAUCUUCAUAAAACAACAAAUCAAGCCAAAUCAAAUCAAUGUACUUGAAAGAAAGCUAAAAGAAAUACAGAUUAAUGUGAAAUCUUUGAUUUUCUAAAAAGAUAAUUUGCACGAUAAUCAGAGGACCAAGAAUGUCAUGGAUUUUAUUUUGAACCUAAAGCUUUACUUUUUACAGGGUUUUGGUAAGGGUUUAUGGCUUUGUAAAAUUUUAUGUUUCAAAACACAACUUUUCUAACAUGAUGUCAGUGACGUCAAUAAAAAAUAUCCACAAAAGAGUUUAAACAAAUGAGAAUCAUGACAUAAAUUUAAGAAAAUCACUGGAGUUAUUCUUUACACACCUGAUUUGAUGCAUGAUUUAAAUUGCAUUAGAUGUGGUAUAAGAUGGAAAAUAUUUUCAUUUCUACAGCAACACACAGUGUUUGUGUCAAAUGCAUGCCUCUUGUUGAUGUGGAGAAUGAGCCAGUGUUUUUCAUAUCGUUUUGUAAGUGCAGUAUUUAAUGUCAGGAUUUUUUUGCUAACAGUUUAUACU